UGCGAGCGGGCUGGGAGCGAGGACACUGGGGAGCAUAAAAGGAGCAAGACUGUUUCAAUGCAGACCAGAAACAUCGGGUAGCGAGAAAUCACUGAGCCGAAGAAGAGAUAGCCGAGUUGUAAGAGGGUUCUCUUGCACUCACCUUUGCUUGUUUGUCUCCGAUCAGCUGUUUGGUGGCUUGUAGAUUGUUUCUAGUGUUAUAGCAGAACAGCUAGAAUGGGUCAAACUCAUUCCCGAGCGGCUCAGCUGCAGAGAAAGAGAGUGUCCAUGCGACGUUCGGCCACUGGUGAAGAUGCCAGCGCCAUCAAUCCCUCCAAACACUUCAGCGGCUGCGAGGUGACGAAACUCCUUCGCGAGUUCAUGGAGGAGCACCCAAGCGGAAUCAUCAGCGAGGCGGAGUUCACGCAGGCCUAUGCGUCGUUCUUCCCGUAUGGCAACUCCAGCUGCAUCUCCAAGCACAUCUUCCGCGCCAUGGACCGCAGCGGAAACGGCUUCAUCUCGUUCAGCGAAUACCUGUCUGUGCUGGGCGUGAUGGGCAGAGGCACUACCAGCGAUAAGUUGAGAUUCGCGUUUCAAGUCUAUGACAUCGAUGGCAGCGGCUACGUAACCUUGGACGAGUUCUGUGAGAUUCGCACGGCGCUGGAGGCGCUAAGACCAGUACGAAAGUCGAGAUCGCAUGCAACGCUCACCAGGCAAAGUACGUGUCCCAACUGCCAAUGCUCCACCUUGCCACGUAGCGACACCAGACUGUCCUUGGCUGAGACCUCGUCCGUCAUUACAUCUUACGAGUCGCUACUAGAAUCUACGCACCGCGGUCCCGCUCCUCGCCUCUCUCAGCAGCGCAGUAUGUCAAUGGUCUCCCUCACCCGACCAUCUCUGUCCGUCAUUGGCUGUACAACAAGAAGCAGUGACGUCACCGCAAGUUCACUAUCAUCCGAGUACUGCCGCUCACUGCCCAGAAGCCCAAGGCUGGACAAGUCGCGACUGUGUCCGCUGAGUGAAGACCAGGUAUGCACAACCUCAAGCAGUCCGUACGGCCACGCAUCCACCCUCUCCUCCACACCCACAUCAUCAACAUCAUCUCGACACAGCAGCAACUCCAGCAGUCCCACGGGCACGCUUCUGUCGCGCCGCAGCUCCACGCUGUCCUUCACUCAGGGCUGGGCAGGUCAAGGCAGUGUAUUCGGACACGAUCAUCCCAUGUUUGACGCUGAGCUGGACUCUGUGGAGGAACUGUUCGAGGAGAUGGAUGAGGACAAGGAUGGUCUGAUAUCGUUCAGUGAAUUUCAACGAGCGGCUAAUCGCGAUCCUACUCUCAUAAAGCUCCUCAACGGACCGGUUUAACAACGCAGUAUCCAAAAACAUUAUGGUGCUUGAACUGUUCACGUGUAUGGCUUCUGAACGGAAUAUUUGCUACUUUCUGACGACUUGACAAUUUGCUACUUUUCCGUUCAUUCAUGCAUUAUACUUGUACUUCCGUUCACUUCGUUAUAAUCACUAGACUUUCGCUCGCCUCUCUUUCCCUCCCUUGUCUAACCAGCUUCAUCCUCUCUCAUCCCUUCUCCCCCUCUCUUAUCUUUCUCGCCUUUGUCUAUCCAAGGGUUCUUCGUCUGCUUUUCGAAUCACGAAUCACGGUUCCAUCAUAAACAUAACCAUUCCCUCCAUUCAACGUCUCUUCGUCAGAUUUCGGUAAUUUAAUUUUUAAGUUAUUGCAAUACCCGUUUGGUAUUGACCACUUGCCCAAAUCCCAAACAUAUCAAAUUGCCAGCAUGGAAUGGAUAUUUGUGUUGUUACCGGUAUUGGAUUAACGCACACUCAUAACUAUACCACUAUGCUUAUGCUCAAAUGAGCUACAGCAAUAUCAGUUCAAAGCCUUCUAA